AUGCAACAAAAAUCAUCCGUUCAGUCAACUCACAAUCAAAAUAGACUUGACUUGACUUUGGCUACAACAGACGUAGAAAUGCUUGAUAUACAGAGUAACUUAACAAGCGCCAAGAAAUAAUUAUCAGAGUUGCUCGCUUUCCCAUUUAAAACAUGAACUUUGUGUUAUCAAAGAUUUGCAAAACAACAAUAAAAACGAGACAAAUAAUCGUUUUGUCAAAGCAGAAACAAAAAUUUAACAACUCCAAGGUCGCAUUGGAUCGUUGGUCAAAGCGAAAUCCCAGUUACUGAAAGGAUUAGCUUUUUUAGAGAAUUCAAAUGCAAAGCUCCAUGCAAAAAUCUUCAAAAUCACAUCAUACACUGUUAACGACACUGAAUCACAAGAUCAACAUGUUAACAACCACAUCUCCCAAAGUGAAAUCAAGCCACAGGAAGAAAAGGUUCCAUGUGCAAAAGAUUCUACCACUGCAAAAAUCAGUAACACAAAUAAUGAAAACCAAGAGCAAGUACAAGAACAAUCAUCAGAAUGUGACUUUGCCAUCCUUUGUGACUCAAACAGGAAGAACAUCAAUACUGAUCAGCUUUAUCGAAAAGGAAAUAACAAAGUUAUUCCAUGCGGAACUGCAGCCAAAGCUAUUGACAUUCUAACCUCCCCAAGAUUUACUGCGAAGCAUGGUAUCAUUACCAACACUGGUGCCAAUGAUCUGGAAAGUCUAUCACCCAAAGAAGUAAUCGAAAGCCAAAUUUGUUUAGUGAACAUUGGCUCAACCAAUUUUCCGAGCAAAAAGAUAUCAUGUCAAGUGUCACACCAAGACGGGACGACCUGGAUAAAUUUGUCUUAG